AUGUCUUCUACUUCAUCAUUUCUUGUCUUGCCUGGACCUAAAGCCUUGUCACCCUUUAGAGUUUCAAACUUUGUUCAAGAAAUUGAGAAAAAAUUAAACAAGCCUGGUUCGAUUGUUGAUGUUAGAUCUUGUUACACCCAUUAUAUUUCUACUAAGGGUGCUGCCUCUAGCUUAACCGAUGGUCAAUUGAAGUUAGUCAAGAUUUUGCUUGAGUACGACACUCCGGUUGAUAACACCGAUGAGCUUACUCAGAUCAUCGCAUCUGAUCUGACUCAGUUACCUGAAGGUAUCCACGUUGUGAGAAUUCUUCCAAGACCUGGAACUAUUUCUCCAUGGUCAUCUAAGGCUACAGAUAUCUCCCUGAUUUGUGGUCUUGGUGACCACAUUGAAAGAAUUGAAAGAGGAGUGACUUUACUUGUGAAGGUCGACCCAUCGCAUGAUGCCCUCUUCAGACAAGAAUUACCUAAGGGUGAAAUCUUAUCGAGUGUUUACGAUAGAAUGACUCAAGUAUUAUACACAGACUCUAAGUUACCAGUAUAUGAUGAUCUUUUUGCUCACCACUCCCCCAAACCUUUGGUGUCGGUUGAUAUCUUAUCCUCCUCUGAGAAUCUUCUCAAGGUCAACAAGGAAUUAGGUUUGGCUUUGGAUCAGGGUGAAAUCGAUUACCUUAUCAAUGCAUUCACUCAAGUUAUUGGCAGAAACCCAACCGAUGUUGAACUUUUCAUGUUUGCUCAAGUCAAUUCUGAACAUUGCAGACAUAAGAUUUUUAAUGCUGAAUGGACCAUUGACAACACCAAGAAAGAUCUUUCCCUCUUUAAAAUGAUUAGAAACACACAUGCUAUUACCCCUCAAUACACUGUCAGUGCUUACAGUGAUAACGCAGCUGUAUUAGAAGGCCCAUCUGCUUACGUUUUCACUCCCGAUUAUUUAACUAAAGAAUGGAAAUCUAUCAAAGAAAAUGUCCACACUUUAAUUAAAGUUGAAACUCAUAACCAUCCUACUGCUGUUUCUCCAUUUGCUGGUGCUGCCACUGGUUCAGGUGGUGAGAUCAGAGAUGAAGGUGCCGUUGGACGUGGUUCCAAAUCCAAGGCUGGGUUAUCUGGUUUCAGUGUUUCAGAUUUACACAUUCCUAGCUUACCUCAACCAUGGGAAAUAGAUGUCGGUAAGCCAGGUCACAUUGCUUCUUCCUUGGACAUUAUGUUGGAAGCUCCAAUCGGAUCUGCUGCCUUCAACAAUGAGUUCGGUAGACCAGCUAUCAACGGUUACUUCAGAACUUUGACCACCAAAGUUGUCAAUAGCACUGGAAAGGAAGAGAUCAGAGGUUUCCACAAGCCAAUCAUGUUGGCAGGUGGUCUUGGUGCUAUUAGACCUGAAUUAGCACUUAAAACUGUGACUAAAAUUACUCCAGGCGCUAAAAUUAUUGUUCUCGGUGGUCAAUGUAUGCUUAUUGGAUUAGGUGGUGGUGCUGCUUCAUCUAUCCUGUCAGGUGAAGGUUCUGCUGCUUUAGAUUUUGCUUCUGUUCAAAGAGGUAAUCCUGAAAUUCAAAGAAGAGCUCAACAAGUUAUUGAUGUAUGUGUUUCCUUAGGAGCUAAAGAGAAUCCAAUCCAAUCUAUUCACGAUGUUGGUGCUGGUGGAUUAUCUAACGCUUUACCUGAAUUGGUACAUGAUAAUGACUUGGGUGCUAAAUUCGAAUUAAGAUCAAUUUUAUCAUUAGAACCAGGUAUGUCACCUAUGGAAAUCUGGUGUAACGAAUCUCAAGAGCGUUAUGUCUUAGGUGUCUCUCCUGAAAACUUAGAAAUGUUUAGUAAGAUCUGUGAAAGAGAAAGAGCCCCAUUUGCCGUUGUCGGUGAAGCUACUAGCGAGCAAAGAUUAAUAUUAACUGAUUCUUUAUUAAAAUCUACUCCAAUUGACUUGGAAAUGUCUGUCCUUUUCGGUAAGCCGCCAAAGAUGUCCAGAGAAGCUAUUACUGCUCCAUUACAAUUGUCCCCAUUUUCAACUUCUGGACUCAAUGUACAAGAUUCUAUUUCUAGAGUGCUUCAAUUGCCUUCAGUCGGUUCUAAGAACUUCCUUAUUACUAUUGGUGAUAGAUUUAUUACAGGUUUAGUUGAUCGUGAUCAAAUGGUUGGACCAUGGCAAGUUCCUGUUGCUGAUGUUGGUGUGACCGCAACAUCGUUAGGUGAAACUGUUAUCAAGACUGGUGAAGCAUUGGCCAUGGGAGAAAAGCCAACUUUAGCUCUUAUCUCUGCUUCUGCCUCUGCUAAGAUGUGUGUUGCUGAAUCUUUAAUGAAUAUUAUUGCCGCUGACAUUCCAGCUUUGGACAGAAUUAAGUUAUCUGCCAAUUGGAUGUCUGCUGCAUCACACCCAGGUGAAGGUGCUAAGUUAUACGAAGCAGUACAAGCCAUCGGUAUGGACUUAUGCCCAGAUUUAGGUAUCAGUAUUCCAGUUGGUAAGGACUCUAUGUCCAUGAAAAUGAAAUGGGAAGAUAAGGAAGUUACCGCUCCUUUAGCUUUGACUAUAACUUCGUUUUCUUCUGUUGAUGACACCUCCAAGACUUGGACUCCUUACUUACAAAGACCAAAGGAAGAAACCGCUUUAGUACUUGUUGACUUGGCAGCAGAAGUUGGCCAUUCCCUUGGUGGUUCUGCUUUAGCACAAGUUUAUAACCAAACUGGUGAUUCUGCUCCAACUGUGCAUUCACACUCAAUUUUCAAGCAUUUCCUCGAAACUACGAUCGUCUUACAUAAGAACUUUGAUGUCUUAGCUUACCAUGACAGAUCUGAAGGUGGUUUGAUCACCACUAUUUUAGAAAUGGCAUUUGCUGGAAGAACUGGUUUGACUUUGAACUUGUCAGGCGAGGAAGAUUUACUUACCACAUUAUUCAAUGAGGAAUUAGGUGCUGUUUUCCAAAUCAAAAAAUCUGAUUAUGAAUCUUUCGUUGAAAUUUUCAAAACUAACGGAAUUGAUAGCAAAUACAUUUCAAUCAUAGGUGAACCAAACUUUGAGGACUCAAAGCACUCCAUUGAUAUCACUUACAACGAUACUGCAGUAUUCUCAUCAACCCGUUCAGAUUUACAGAAAUUGUGGUCUAACACUUCAUACCACAUUCAAAGAUUGAGAGAUAAUCCAAAGACAACUGAUGAAGAAUAUUCCAGAAUCAGUGAUAACACUGAUGCUGGUCUUUCAUAUCAAUUGACAUUCGACCCUUCAGCUAGUGUCGAAUACAAAUCUAGACCAAAGGUUGCUAUCUUGAGAGAACAGGGUGUAAACUCACAACAAGAAAUGGCUUGGUCAUUCCAACAAGCUGGUUUUAAUGCCGUUGAUGUACACAUGUCAGAUAUCUUAAGUGGAAGAGUUACCUUGGACUCCUUCGUAGGUAUAGCUGCUUGUGGUGGUUUCUCUUAUGGUGAUGUUUUGGGUGCUGGUGCAGGUUGGGCAAAGUCAGUACUUUUCCAUGAAAGAGCUAGAGAAGAGUUCAGAAGAUUUUUCCAAGAUAGAGAUGAUACCUUUGCAUUUGGUGCCUGUAACGGUUGUCAAUUCUUUUCCAGAAUUGCUGAAUUAAUCCCAGGUACUGAAGAUUGGCCAACUUUUGAAAGAAAUCUUUCUGAACAAUAUGAAGCUAGAUUCGUUAUGGUUGAAGUAACUGAUGAGAAAUCUAAUAGUAUCUUCUUGGAUGGAAUGAAGGGUUCCAAAUUACCAAUUGUCGUCGCACAUGGAGAAGGUAGAGCCUACUUCAAAGAUGAUUCUGCUGCUGAACAAAAAUUCGCUGACAGUAAUUUGACUGCAGUCACAUACGUUGAUAACUAUGGUAACGUUGCUAAGGAAUAUCCAGCUAAUCCAAAUGGUUCUCCACGUGGUAUUGCUGGAAUUUCUACUCCUAAUGGUAGAGUUUUGGCUAUGAUGCCUCACCCAGAAAGAGUGACUAGAAAGGAAUCAAACUCAUGGUAUCCAUCUGAUCAAGGUGCUCAAUGGGGAGAACACGGUCCUUGGAUCAAGUUAUUCAAGAACGCAAGAAAGUGGGUUGGUGAUAGAAACUGA